AUGGAUUUUGAAUCGUAUUUAAAGCAUAUGGCCAAACCAUACUCUUGGGGCUCUCAAUUAGAAUUGGAAGCUCUUUCAAGCCUGUAUCAUGUCAAUAUUACUGUAUAUGAUAUGAAUGGAGUCGUAGCACAACAUGGAAAUCACAUGAUCAUGACGAGUAUUGAAUCAAAUCAAACCAAUCAAUGGACCACCUCAGGCAGUUCCUUGUCUGAUUGGAUGAGAUCCAAGAAGAAUGAGAAAAUUCUACCAAAAAAGAGAAGAGAAAUCAAGUUAGCAUUUCUCUAUGGUAGUCAUUAUGAUUCAGUAUAUCCUAUCAAUGAAUUUAUGAACAAUAUUCUCAUGCAAGACUUGUUCUACGAGACGUGUAUGGCUUCUUUCAAGACGGAUUUAUUUACUAAAAAACCAGGAUGUUUCAAGAAUGUUGAAUACGAUGCUUGGUUGGAUGAUUUGGAAAAGAUGGAAACUAAAUCCUUACAAAAAGUGAAAGAAUUACUUUCUCAACAUCAAACCGCCUAUGAUCUCAAUAAUCCCAAUGAUUUUCCAGAAUUGUCCAAACAAAAAUCAAGCACCAAUACUUCUACUGCUACUCCUCCUACUACUACUACUACCAAUACGUUAGAACCUCACACUCUAGAAAUUUCCAAUGCUCCAGGAAAUUCCAAUCCCAACCACAAUACUGAACUUGUCGGAGAGCUGCCUCUACUCGCUCCACCACCAGCAAAUGCAUGGCUCAAUGAGAAGAAAAAUUGGUCUGAAAUUUUGAAUUCGGCGAAUUUGACUGAAACGACAAGUACUACCACUCAGACCGAGCAAACGAUCGAUGUUUCAACUCUGAACAACAAGACGAGCAACAAGAAGAGUACGACCAACAAAAAGUCGACGAAGAAGGACAAGUUGUUCAAGACGAGCCAGAACGAGACAUCAACAACCAUUCAGGCAGCAGCAGCAAAAGGCGACACGAACACGACCACCCAUUCGAAUGAUGCAGUAGAAUCCAUUGAACCUCCUUCUCAAGUCAUGGAACACAACAAGGAUGUCUCUUCUCAUUCAUCCAUGCCAGUUGUUGGAUGGAAUCCUUUCAUUCCCAUGAUGGUCAUGCCAUCGUCAGGUCCUUUUCAACCACCACAACCACAACCACAACCAUCGUAUGGAGGACAUCCAAUGAUGAUGAUGAUGGGUCCACCCACUCUUCCCAUGAUGAAUGCUGUUCAUCCAUCCUUUCCAACGAGUGGUAACAUGGAGGCUGGUGUUCAAUCCUCACCUUAUAUGAUCCUGCCUCCUCCUCCUCCGCACCAUCAUCAUCCUCAAAUGAUGAUACCACCACACCUUCAACCUCCCUUAAUGAUGACAAUACCUUCUUCUCAGGUAUUGAAUUCAAAACCUCACGACCCCAUGAUGCGUCUCAAUGCCGCCAACCAAGACGUUCCAUCGGUGCAAUUGCAAUCUCCUACUACUUGUCAAGAAAAUAACACUCAACCUGUAGUGAAUCCAGCAGGUAAAUCUGCUUCUACCACCGUGUCUUCUGCUUGGGCAAAGCCGUUGAAUAUUGAAAAAACUUCUGAAUCUCAACCCAUGUCAACCACCUCUCAGAAUAAUGUUCAAGUGAUGCCUACUAAAGAAGUGCAUUCGAACGGAACGCUUGCACAGCCAGUGACGGUGAAUUCGUCAUCCACCAGAACAGAAAUUUCGAAACCUAAAAGUUCAACAUCCAACAACAAAUCGAAUCAGCACCAAAGAAAGAAGAAAUAA